CAUUCUCGAAUCUGCGGCCAAGGAUGAACAAGUUCCUGCUCGCCAUCAUACUCCUCUUCGCGAUCUUCACGUUCGGCUCGGUCGAAGCCCAGGUGAACACGACCACGAUCAAGAACGCCACGGAGAACGGGCUCCAUGCCCUCAACAAGACUGCCGACUUGAUCGACGAAAAGACGGACAAGCUCAAGGACGACAUCCGCGAUUUCUUUGACAUUACCGACGACUCGACAGCUGAAAAGGUUGGCAAGUACGCCCUCGUCGUUGCAAUUGCUGCUGUUGGCGUGUUUGUCGGCACGCACGGGUACAAGUUGACCAAGCCCGUUGCGUUCACCUGCGGUUUCGGGAUGGGCGGCGUCUUUUUCAGCGCCAUGUUUGCCACUCUCUUCCCCUUGUCCAAAGCUGCUCCCAUCGUUGCGUUUGUCAUCGGUGGUUUGAUUAUUGGCUUGGCUGCUGUGUACUUUUACCGCGUCGGAAUCUUCAUCUUGGGCGGUGCUGGUGGUUUGGCUCUUGGUGUGCAAAUGGCUCAAAUGGCUCAAGCCGGACAUGUCCUGACGAUCGUGCUCCUCAUUUUGUUCGCCAUCAUCGGUGGCGUCUUGGUGUUGUACCUUGACAAGCCCGCCAAAAUCAUCUCGACCGCCGUGUUUGGCUCAUGGAUGUUCAUUCGCUCGGUUGGAUUCUUCGCCGGCAACUACUCCAACGGGUCCAACUUCGAUACCCUCACCAAGGAGCAAAAGAACGCUUUCUUCGCUUACUUUGCUGGGCUUGUUGUCCUCGCGAUCAUCUUCUCGUUCGUCCAGUUCAAGUACACUGCCGUCGGCAUCAACUACGGUCUAGGCAAGGACGACGAAAAGGACGCCAAGAAGGCCGAGGCCGCCACCACCGACGCCGCCAAACCGAACGCGCAAAAGCCCGUGAACAUGGUGUAAACCACGUAAUCGUAUUUUUUUAUGUUCGCAGUAUUUUUCAUUCAAAAAAUAUAUGGCGGUUACACUCGAA